AUGGUUGCAUUCUUCGACCUACCCCGCGAACUCCGCGAUCUUAUUUAUACAGAGGUCGUUUUCGGGAAAAGGCCUCGUCCUAUGCUAGGGCAUCCGCAAUGGCGUUCGUUCCGCUUUCAACGCGUUGCGUACUCUCAAAGUGGCGACACGGGAGAGUUUGGAUGCGCAUACUCACUGGAGCCGGUGCCACCGACUUGCGCCAGCUUCCUGUGUUGUAAUCGCCAGAUCCACACGGAAAUGAUGGAAAUGAUUGACUUGGUCAAGAAAAUAGAAGGCGAUACAGCAUUGUCCGCGCGGAUUGACUGCAUUGCCGAAGACGAAAGCUUUCACUACUUCACGUGGCUGAGCGUGCCACUGGUACAUACCCGAACGGUGGACACUCAUUCCUUAUAUGCAAGACUGAAGAGUGGAAAUAGUUUCCUACCGAAUUGGGCACUAUCUUGGUUACACCAGUAUAGGGAAUGGGCAUGGGCACGUCUACUUCUCCAUACCAGCAGUAGCCACCACCUCAGUACAACACAUAUCGAACGCCUCUGCAUUGAUGUCCGCCCCACUGGCGACCGCACACGUAAAUGGACGCGAAACAGCAGUCAAGAAGAUAGAACGAGUUGGGCCAUCUGCGCCGCACUCAAUCGACUCUUGGAGAAUGGCCCAGACUUCACGUCGUCUGUGUCCUCGUCCUCCACUCUGCGUCGACCGAGGACAGCAGCAGCAGUACCAGUUACCGAUUCUACAGAUCUACCACUUACCAUCGCAGAACUCACGCUCAAUGUCAUCCCUCCGCCAAACUACCCCACCUCAAAGUUUCUCCCUUCAGACGCGCAGGGGAAUGAAGUGAGGGAAGGAUUAGUGCAUCCGCACAGCGUCGCCAAGGAGCUUAUCGAUGUAUGGACGCGUAUUUGGCACCACGGCGACGAUGAUUACAAACUCAUACUAUAUCGAGGGUUGCUGGAGAGGAUCGGGACGGUCAAAGUCUGCGUAGAUGGUAAGCUCUGGGGGACGAGGCCUCUGGGCGAUGAGUUGAGGAGGGGAAGAAGGAGGUUUGCGAGAUGA